UUCAAUAUGGAGGAAAGGCUCAUCAAAGCCGUAGCCAACCACCCGGAGCUGUAUGACACCAGCUACUUUCUCUACAGAGACAGGAAUAAAAAGGACCUAGCUUGGAGGAAGAUAUGUGAAGAGAUCGGGCAACCUGAGGACAUCUGCAGGAAAAAGUGGAAGAGCUUCAGGGACACAUACGUCAAGGAGAAGAGGAGUGGGUCUGCAGCAGGAUCGGGGAGGGAAUGGAAGUUCUUCGCGGUCAUGGGGUUUCUGGACCCCUUCCUCACCCCGCGGGAGACUAGCGGCAAUAUGGUGGGGACCGUGGAGAACAUCCCCGCCGAGGACCAGGGCCAGCCCGAAGAGGCAGCAGGGGAGUCCCAGUCAGAAGAGCCAACUGAUUCUGCAGCAGAGCCAUCCCCUGUUGCUUCUCCUGGCUCCCCAGUCCCUGGUCCCUCCACUCGUGCUGCUGCACCCACAGGUAUGUAA